CUUAAACUAGUGACAGACACGAACAAGCAAGCCAAAGCAAAUGAGUUUGAUGUAUUUGGUUUUAAACCCCGCGAGCACACUCUGAAUAGGCUCUAACGAGUCCAGCUAAAGCCAGGCACGUGCGACAUAAUAUUGCUUCAUAUAUUCAGUUUUGAGGAGUUUUAGACGUUAUUUAUUCGAUGUGGGGUUCCUCGGUCGAAUUGCCUUCCUAAACUCUUCCACUGGUGGAUAUUUUUAUCGCCUCGUCAGACUGCAAAAACUCCGUGGACGAGGAGAAGGACGGAGAGAUCUGCUAAAGUUUCAUAAUUUGGGUCAGUACUUCGUCAAACUGCAACAUCGGGGGAAAUCAAACUAUUGGCAAGAUCUGGGGGGACCCGUGACUGCCUCUAGCAUGAUGUCAUACCUCAAACAACCCCCCUACGGCAUGAACGGCCUGGGGCUGAGCGGGGCCGCCAUGGACCUACUGCACCCAUCCGUCGGAUACCCAGCGACGCCCAGAAAACAACGGCGGGAAAGAACAACGUUUACGCGCUCACAGCUUGACAUUCUCGAAUCGCUCUUUGCUAAAACUCGUUAUCCGGAUAUAUUUAUGAGAGAAGAGGUGGCACUGAAGAUCAACCUCCCCGAGUCCAGAGUUCAGGUGUGGUUUAAGAAUCGUCGCGCCAAAUGUCGUCAGCAGCAGCAGAGUAGCAGCAGUACUAAAGCUCGGCCUGCAAAGAAAAAGUCCUCACCUACCCGGGAGAGCACCGGCUCAGAGAGCAGCGGGCAGUUCACCCCUCCUGCCGUCUCCAGUGCUGGCUCUUCGUCCUCCUCCUCUUCCUCUACCAAUAAUACAGGCAUUAGCAGCGCCUCUACCUCUAUCAGUACUGUCUCCUCAAUCUGGAGCCCUGCCAUUUCUCCAGGUUCUGCACCCCCAUCCGUCUCCCUGCCAGAGCCUGUCGCUCCAUCAAAUGCCUCCUGCAUGCAACGUUCUGUCUCAGGCACGGCCAGUUCCUCUUACCCCAUGCCCUACAACCAGACCACCGGCUACAGUCAGGGUUACCCAACUUCUUCCAGUUCUUACUUUAGCGGGGUGGACUGUGGCUCUUAUCUGGCCCCCAUGCACUCUCACCACCACCCUCAUCAGCUCAGCCCUAUAACGGCUUCGUCCAUGCCAACACACCCCCAUCACCACAUCAGUCAGUCCUCAGGACAUCACCACCAUCACCAGGCCUACAGUGGCACUGGCCUGGCCUUUAAUUCUUCUGACUGCCUGGAUUACAAGGAGCAAACAGCCUCCUCCUGGAAGCUCAACUUUAACACUACAGACUGUUUGGACUACAAAGACCAAGCGUCCUGGAGGUUCCAAGUCUUGUGAUCUGAUUUUUUUUUUAAUGCCCUCCA